AUGGCUCCUUUAAUUAUAUCUACAGUCUCGCUGCUGGCAGCAUUCGCCUCAGUGGCCGUCGCUGGCGGCAACACUGAUGUUGCGCAGAAGCCGCUGCUGAGCUAUUUCGAAUGCGAACACCCCGCGUACAAAGUCCAGGUCGUGUCCAAGUCACCGCUGGUCAUCUAUAUUCACGAUUUCAUCACGCCGACCGAGCGCCAACAUUUGCAGGACAUCACCAAAAACACCUUUACCCGCUCGGGCGUGACGGCAAACGACGGCAAGGACAGCUCGGCCAAGGAAAGCCAAGUGCGGACAUCGCAGUCGACCAACGUGCCGCGCGACGCCGUGGUGCGGUGCAUCGAGGACCGGGCGCUCGCCUUCCAGGGCCACGACGUCGCGCGCUCGCAGCUGGAGCCGCUGCAGCUGGUCAAGUACGGCCCGGGCCAGGGCUACCACUUCCACACGGACUGGUUCACCGACGCGGCGCAGCACGCGACCGCCGCGCUGGGCGGGAACCGCCUGUCCUCCUUCUUCGCCUACGUCGACGUGUCCAACGCAACCGAGGGCAACGGCGCCGACACCAUCGUCGGCGGCGGCACGAACUUCCCCAUGCUGGACGCGCCCCGCGACGAGAGGUGGUGCGCCGUUCUCGACUGCGACGAGCCCUGGGCCAACGGCGUCACCUUCCGCCCCAUCGCCGGAAACGCCGUCUACUGGGAGAAUAUGCUGCCGACCGGUGCCGGCGACCACAGGACUCUACAUGCUGGGCUGCCGCUGAUCAAGGGAUCCAAGUUUGGGAUGAACAUUUGGACGAGGCAAGGGUCGAUGAGUGAGGAUAUUAGGGGGCCGGAUGUAUAA